UAUGUGCGUCUUAACACACAGGGAGUGUCGUUCCUGAUCCGAGAAGAGCGUUGUGGAUGCUGUCCACCCAUCAUCACCAGCCCGACUUUCAAAAUGUCAGAUUUUGAGAAUUUCAGCAAGCCGGGGGGGCAGGCGAACAUGUCUGAGAGCUACCAGCUGAACCCCACCAGCGUGAUCGUGUCGGUGGUCUUCUCCCUCAUCUUCCUGCUGGGAACCGUCGGCAACAGCCUGGUGCUGGCCGUGCUGCUGCGGAGCGGCCAGGUCGGAUACAACACGACCAACCUCUUCAUACUCAACCUGAGCGUGGCCGACUUCUUCUUCAUCAUCUUCUGCGUCCCUUUCCAAGCCACCAUCUACUCCCUGGAGGGGUGGGUGUUUGGCUCCUUCAUGUGCAAGGUGGUGCACUUCUUCAUCAACCUCACCAUGUACGCCAGCAGCUUCACGCUCGCCGCCGUCUCUGUUGACAGGUAUCUGGCCAUUCGCUACCCACUCCGCUCCAGAGAACUACGAACCCCUUGUAACGCUGUGGUUGCCAUGGUGAUCAUCUGGGGUCUCUCGCUGGUCUUUGCGGGUCCGUACCUCAGCUACUACGACCUGAUUGACUUCGCCAACAGUACCGUGUGCAUCCCCGGCUGGGAGGAGCAGAACCGUAAGGUGCUGGACACGUGCACUUUCCUGGUCGGCUACGUCAUCCCCGUGCUCAUCGUGAGCCUCUCAUACACGCGGACCAUCAAGUACCUGUGGACGGCCGUUGACCCUCUGGACGGCAUGUCGGAGUCCAAGAGGGCCAAACGCAAAGUCACCAAAAUGAUCAUCAUCGUCACCGUGCUCUUCUGCAUAUGCUGGCUGCCGUACCACGUGGUGAUCCUGUGCUACCUCUACGGGGACUUCCCCUUCAAUCAGACCACCUACGCCUUCAGGCUUCUCUCUCACUGCAUGGCCUACGCCAACUCCUGCGUCAACCCCAUCGUGUACGCUCUGGUGUCCAAGCACUUUCGCAAGGGCUUCAAGAAAGUGUUCAGCUGCAUCCUCAGCAAAAACGGGAGGAAUAAGGUUCACGUGGUGCACGUGGCCAACACCGUACCCGGGUUCGAGGCGGGCUCCACGGAGGUGUCGCAGAUGAACGAGGAGAACAUACGACAGAAUGAAUGUGAGAUGAUCAACAGGCCGAUCGCGGAGCCAAGAGAGGCCACGGUGACACUCAAUUUGCCCUUUCAGCGGCAGACUUGACGACUGAUUCGGCUUCGCUUACAGGCUCAGCACAGAUUGCCUUUAGUAGAACAAAAACAUUGCAGCUAAUAUUUUAAACAGAAAUGUGUAAAAUUCACAAUAUGCUAAUGUUUGGUGGCAAACAGGGGAAUAGAUAAUCAAAUGAUUCACGCACAAACAUACAGUAUUACACAUAUUUUUUUACUUUACCAUCGACUAUAAAUAAAGAUGGAAGCGUCUGUAUAUUAAUGAAGAUAAAAUAUCGUAGAUGUGGGUCCCACCCUGUUGAGCUUUUAAUGUAAUUUGGAAAUGUGUGUGCAGUAGUGGUUGUGGUGUGACAUUUCACCCUUUUCCUUAUCAUCAAAAACAUUUAAACCAAACAGAACAGAAACAUUCGAUCCUGUGCCACCUAAAAUGACAGUUUGGUCCAUGUCCCAUCUGCUAUCAUGGAGGGGGCGGGUUUCUGCCACCAGGGGGCCAUCCAGAUGAUUUGGCUUCACUUUUGAAGAGCUGUCAUGUCGUCCAUCAUUAUAUACAGUCCAUGUGUUUGUACUACGAGUGAAAGUUUCUCAGUAUUUCAUCUGUCAAUCAUUUGCCUUAACCAUGAUUAGCACUUUGGUAUUUAUUUAAAAACUCUUCAGUAUCUGAGAAUCGACACUUUAACAGUCCUUGUUCAUAGCAACGCAAAAUCUGUCUCAUAGUGUUACAGUGUUUUUCAGCUUCACAUAGUGAGAGGUAUUAGCUGUGCAGGGAAAUUCAUCCAAUCAACACCAUUUGCUGUUGCUUUGACACUAUACAGGGUUUGACGCAGGGUUAGAGUCACUGUUCAUGCACAAUAAGUUAAGAAGCAAGAAGGAAUGAUAAUACUCUGCAAAUCAAAGCUUUACCUCCACUGAUGUGGGUCCAUCCUGUGCAGGAUUGUCACCACCACACUGUUGUUUCCACUAACAUGAUCUGCUGCAUCUGAAAUCUUCAGUCUCAUGAUGAUCUUUGACAUGAUUUCAACCUUCUCUGUUACUGAAGUUGUAUAUUCUUCUCUCUAAAUGGAGCAGGAUUUUCUUUAGUGUGUCUGUUUUGCACCGUGCAUGCAGAUGCUGCUCUGCCCUGUCAAGAUAUUACUGGUAUCUUUGAAUUAUGUAUGUUUUAACUUAUAUCUUGUUUACAAACAAAUUCAAAAUAUAUUCCAGCAUAUUUAAAAUGUCUAAAUUUGUUGUUUGAUACAUUCUGGUGUGAAGAAUCAAAAGUGAUGAAAAAAAAAGA